UACUACAAAAAGGGGCGUAGCUAGGCUGCAUCAAAACAACUCGAAAAAGGGAAAGAGCCAGAGCCAGACGGGUUUCUUUGAAAUCUGCAGCGACAACGUUCUGCACAAGCCGACUGUGAUGUUAUUUGCGCUACAGGCUUCUGUUUAAAUGAACGAAUGUGAAGGUCGAAAAAUAUGAUAGGAGUAGGAGAUGAGGUGGCCAUCGCUGUCGUGUGUUUGCCUUUUCUCGCCCUCGUGAUCUAUUGCUCAAUCUUACUGAGACGAAAGUACCUCAGGGCCAACUCUCGCCGUAAGCUCUCUCUCCAGCCAAUUGGAGGCCUUUCAUCCAGUUACAAUAUUUCAGGAGCAGCCAUGCAGAUCGAUGCGCGACAGCAGGACCCGCCGAGAGAGCCCUUCAACUAUGCCGACUACACAUGUCCUAUUUGCAUCACGCAAAUCGAUCUUCCGGUCGAGACAAAUUGCGGGCACAAAUUUUGUGGUGCUUGCAUUCUGGAAAACUGGCGGGUGUGGCGCCGAGAGCACAUUGGGGCGCUCAAGUGUCCUCUGUGCCGGACGAAGGUGCGCAUGUUGCUUCCUUUGUUCUCGAAUAACAAUGGCGCACCCGUCACAGCCGAAGCCCAACUAAGACACAGAGAGGUCAUCAACCAGGUCAACCGGUACAACAGCAAGCAUGCUCAUGGACGAAAUUUGGUGCAAAUGAUGCGGGACGCGCCUGUGCUUCUGCGUCACCUGCUGGUGGAGCUGCGCGAGAUGGGCGGGCUGAGCCAGUUGUUCGUGGCCAAGUUGGUCGUCUGCAUCCUGAUCACGGGCAUCUACCUGGUGUGCCCGAUUGACAUGCUGCCGGAGGCUGUGCUCGGCUUCCUCGGACUGAUCGAUGACAUGCUUGUGAUCAUGCUCUUUUUUGUCUACGUUUCCCGCAUGUAUUACGGAAUAGUACAAGACCGCGCUGUCGCUGAAUGAUGCGAUUGCAUUAACUGUGUUUCUCAAAGAAACUCCUGGGGUGUUUUCAAUAUACUGAGGGAUUGAUAUUAUUGCCGAAAAAACGAUGGGACGAUUGCUCUGAGCAACCUCGCUCAUGGUUUACAUGCUUAAGUUUUUUUUUAAGAUUGAGGAAUUGGUGUUUACUAUUAGUCAGAGUAGUUCUCUCGUGGCUGUUAUAAUUUAAUUCAGUUAUGUUCUGUUUCACUCACUGAAAACCUUGAAUCAUCUACUGUAAAUAAUGCCAAAGGACGUAAUCUUUUUGUUUGUUCUCAUUUGGGUUGUAAUCCGCAAAUAAAAAGACUGCAAUUUAAAAGUGCACUUAUAACAAUGA